CCGAUCACCUAGAUCGUCCGACGGAAGAGAAGAGAGGAGAGGAGAGGAAUUGAGGAUGGGCGGUGGAGAAUGGAACGGUUGGUUGCAACGAUGUCGAGAAUCGCGGAGGUUGGUUCUCGUGAUCGUCGCUAUCGCUCUACUCUUGGACAAUAUGUUGUUGACCACGGUUGUGCCGAUUAUACCGGAGUUUCUCUACGAUAUCAAGCACCCUAACGCAACCCUGAGCCAACAUCUCGAAGGGACUGGUCCACGUGGUGGACCAACUACGCUCGCCGGUGUUCAGCCGACGAGCGCGAUCACCACCACGCCGAAAUGCCCCUGUGCUCCGAUCAGAGCGAACGAUUCUCAGCUGGAAUUUCUCUACGCGACCACCACCCUCUCUAGCAUCGAUUCCACCGAUUUGCCUGGGAUUACGGACGACGGCAAAGAGACGGCAAAGUCCAGUUCGACCUUCGAUACGGAGGAAAAGAAACAAAGGCACCGCGAAUUGCUUCAAGAGACGAUCGCCGUUGGUAUAAUGUUCGCGUCCAAGGCUUUCGUUCAACUGCUCGCGAAUCCGAUCGUUGGUCCGCUCACUCACAAAAUCGGAUAUAGCAUACCCAUGUUCACUGGCUUUAUCAUCAUGUUCAUUUCUACCCUGAUAUUCGCCUUUGGACGAAGCUACAGCGUUCUUUUCUUGGCAAGGGCUCUUCAAGGUGUAGGAUCUUCGUGUUCGAGCGUAUCAGGCAUGGGCAUGCUGGCCGAAAGAUACCAAGACGACAAAGAACGCGGGAACGCUAUGGGUUUCGCGCUAGGUGGCUUAGCACUUGGUGUCCUCAUCGGUCCACCGUUUGGCGGUGUUAUGUACGAAUUCGUGGGAAAAUCUGCCCCGUUCUUGAUCCUUUCGGCCCUGGCCCUUGGCGACGGAAUUUUGCAACUUCUGGUCCUUCAACCGUCCGUCGUGUACACCGAAGCAGAACCACCGUCUCUCAAAUCUUUGAUCACCGAUCCUUACAUCGGUUUGGCUGCCGGCGCUAUAACUUUCGCCAACAUGGGUAUCGCUAUGCUCGAACCUAGUCUUCCGAUUUGGAUGAUGGACACGAUGGGCGCGAGCAGAUGGAAACAGGGCGCCACCUUUUUACCGGCGAGCAUUAGCUACUUAAUCGGUACUAAUCUCUUUGGACCGCUUGGACACAAAAUGGGCAGGUUGGUGAUGGCGUUGAUUGGACUUGUCGUGAUCGGUAUUUGCUUGAUGUGUAUACCGUUGGCCAAAAGCAUCGACCACUUGAUCGUACCGAAUGCCGGCUUGGGAUUCGCAAUUGGCAUGGUGGACAGUUCGAUGAUGCCAGAACUAGCAUACCUGGUAGAUAUACGACACACCGCCGUUUAUGGAAGUGUCUACGCUAUCGGAGAUGUUGCCUUUUGCUUAGGUUUCGCUAUCGGUCCUGCUUUAAGCGGUACUUUGGUGAACAGUAUCGGCUUUGAAUGGAUGUUAUUCGGUAUUGCCAUUCUAAACUUUCUUUACGCACCGCUGAUGUACUUUUUGAGAGCACCACCGACGAAGGAGGAGAAAAAGUCGUUGAUAAUUGGCGAAAAAUCCUCUGUGCGCUACGUGACGUACCAGAACGAAGAAGAGGAGCAAUAAAGAGGGAAGGACGGAUGUGUUCUCAACCCGAAAUGGAGAAACAACGAGUUAAAUAUAG